GUUUUAUGAAUAACUAUUCAAUCACAUAUCUAUUAUGUUAGUCAACAUCACGAGUUUUCAGUUCUCUUUCUAGUCUCAACCUAUUCUCUCAAAUAAUUCCUCAUGACUUUAAACAAAGAACAAGAUAUUUAUAAAGACACUCCUCUACGGCUCUUGGGGUAUGCCAAUGAGGUCGGGGAAUCAUUUAGAGCCAUCAUUGGAAGGAAAUGGGUAAAUUUCUCGUAUGGUAUAGCCACAUUAUAUGUUUUUGCUGAUACAAUGGAUAAAACAUGGAAAUCGUAUGAGAAAAACAAAGAGAAUGCGAAAUGUUUACAAAAAGUGACAAUCAAAGGUGUAGACACUUUAACAUGGCAAAUGCUUGCUUCUGUCAUAGUUCCAGGUUAUACGAUAAAUAGGAUUUGUGCAAUAUCCACUUAUCUCAUCAAGAAAAGUAAUAAGGUUUCUAAUAGAGCAUGUAGAAUAAUAGUACCUACAAUAGCAUUAGCAUCCAUUCCCUUCAUCAUAAGUCCUAUAGAUCAUGCAACAGAUUAUUUGUUAGAUAAUUCUCUCAGAAAAAUAGAGAUAUAAUAAGAUGUUUACUUUAAAAUUAGAUAUAUGAAGAAUGUCGGUCUAGAAUAAAUCUCAAUUAGUUUAUUAA